AUGUCCACAACCCAAGUCACAACAAUUGAGCUCACGGAGCUGCCGGAUCCUGCCCACGAUGGAAAAUCCAUUUCAACUGUUUUUCACCCACCAUCUCUGCAAGCGGUCCACGCGGAGCCCACUGCCGGACGAACCAUCGAUCCUCCACGUGAAUUUGGUCUUGCUCCGUUCCACGGAUUUAUUUCCAACUUCACAACAGUAGCUGGAGGGUUUGAUUUCAGCGAAAAGCUAGGCAGAGAGGCCGGGCCUGGCCAAGCCAAUUGGCUCGCUGCAGCGUAUUCCUUGACGCAGGGCGCAUUCGUCUUGAUCAGUGGAAGGUUCGGCACCAUCUAUGGCCACCAAACGACGCUCCUUAUUGGAGGCGCCAUCUUCACGCUCUUUUCUCUGGUAAAUGCUUUUUGCGAUAACCAUAUGGCAUUCGUUGCCGCCAGAGCGUUGACAGGCGUGGGCGGUGGGAUUUUAAUGCCGAACGCCGUCGCCAUCAUCACCGUCAUGAUUCCUCCCGGCCAUUGGAGAAACAUUGCCAUGGGUUGCUUCGGAGCAUCGGCUCCAAUUGGCGGCUUCUUUGGCGCUCUAUUAACGGGUAUCUUUCUUGAGAGAACGCAUUGGAGAUGGCUUUUCAUUUUUCUUCUACGCCUCUCCUUCAGCGCCGCAUCUCAAGCCGUUACAUUGGCCGGAAUUUUCUUUUCUAUGCCCAAAGACGAGCCUCUAGAUAAGGGGGGAAAGAUCGACUACGUGGGAGCAAUUCUCGGCUUGGGAAGUCUGAUCCUAUUCAGCUUUGCGUGGAACCAAGCACCUUCAUCGGGUUGGAAGGGGCCUGCUGAAAUCACUUGUCUCAUUGUGUCCAUUCUCCUUUUCGGUUUAUUCCUCAUAUGGGAGGGCAACUUCGCCAAGGAGCCCGUAAUGCCGCUCUUCAUCUUCAAGACGCCCAGCUUUUCGGCUCUGGUGCUCGUCGUUACGCUGAGUUACAUGUCCUUCGCCAUUUCGCAAUGGUACACGAUCACCUGGUUACAGACGCAGCGGCACUGGUCGGUGUUGGAAACUGCAGUUGGGUAUACACCCUUCUUGGUCGUCGGCCCCCUUUCCGUCUUUCUCGCUGCCUGGCUCCUUCCACGACUUGCUGCGCAAUGGAUCAUGGCAAUGGGUAUCGGCGUUCUCGUCGUGGCCAACAUGCUCGUCGCCACGAUGCCGGUGCAGCAGACUUACUGGGCGCAAGCAUUCCCAGCGAUCGUGCUGUCUUGUCUCAGUCCGGAUUUCGUCUAUGUUGCUGCUCAGCUUAUUGUUAGUAACAGCGUUGGUCGGAAGUACCAAGGGGUUGCAGGAAGCCUCAUCGGGACCCUUAAUCUGUAUGGAAACAGUCUUGGCAUUGGAGUCUCGGGGACGAUCGAUGGCCAAAUCUCCCGGAACACGCAUGACCAGAUUCGCGGCUUUCGGGCAGCCCUCUACUUUGGAUUCGCCGUUGCCAUCGUUGCCAUUGCCCUUGAUGUCCUUUUCGUCCGGGUGCCCAAGGAUAACCGUGAAGGAUGGGACUCGAGCGAAGAAGAUAGUCUUAUUAUUGGGACCGGCCGUAGUAUCGCCCCGGCCAUUUCCUCCACCCACAGGCGGUAG